AUAGAAUGCCACGUGGACAUGUGAUCUUCGAGAAGUAGACUUUCUGCAAAGUUUCUCGGAAAACUUCUUCACUAUUAUUUAAUGGAAAAAAUUCUCAACUGGGCUAUAAAAAGAAGCCUCAAUGGUAUAUUCUUCUACAUGAAGGAUUCUAAGCGUCACAACUUUCUUCUUUCCACCUACGAAUUUAUCGUGGUGGCGAAGUCGAAUCGCGUGGCAGUGUUCUUCAUGUUUAAUGUCAUCAUUAUCACACUUGUGCUAGGGAGUUUCAGGCCAUCCAGAGAAGAUCUUGAGUGGUAUGAAAUGGAAAACGAUACGAAAAAGGAAGCUUCGAAUGACGAAGAUCGUUGUUGUGAUGAUAGUGAUUGUGACGAGGGUUAUGGAUAUUAUGGCUCUGAUGGUUAUGAUGAGGAUGAAGAUGAUGAUGGCAGUGAUGAUGAUAUCAACAGUGAAGAGUUUUUUGGUCUAGAGAUAGAUACUGACUUGGAGAGGAGAACUGAGGAUUUCAUAGCCAAAGUCACAAGGAAAUGGAGAGAGGAGUUGCUUUAUGAGAAGCUCACGUUCAUGGCUGCAAUAGACUCACAAGCACAACCAUCCAGCUCUAGCUAGCCCUAGCCCUCUAGGGUUCAUAUUCAAGGCUAGCUCAAUGUGAAAACUUCUAUCUUAUUUUCUCACCAAAAUUAAGAAAAAUAUUUUAAAAAAAAGCCUUAAUACUUUUUUUUGGUUGUAAUUUUGCUUUUUCAUCUUUAAUUUUUCUCCCCCUUCAUCAAAAUGUUAGUUGUGGGAUGAUGAAGUUGGGGUUUCAUUAGUCUCUUGAUAGUUCUGUGUUUUUGUAAGGACGCUGUUGGGACUCAUUUGGUGAUGUGUGAAUACGUACUUCAAGUACUUGUGUUGUAUUAUAAUG